CAAUGCUGCAACUCACUAAGUCAACGGCUUGGUGACAAAGAAUACUUUUUCGGCACCCCCACUCCUCUAGACGCUCUGGUAUACGGUCACGUGCGUGCCCUACUCUGCGCACGGGGCCCUCGUGCUGGAGUCAUAAUAAAGCCUGUCACAGGUGCUUUGUUGCGACAUGUUAUGCGUAUGACCCAGUUGAUUGGAAUGCCACUUACGCCCCAGGAAGAUUACCUUCUUAAUCAAGCGUUCACCAUAUCCCGUCGUCGCUUCUCUCCGGAGCGAAGCAAUUCUGAUCGAUGCACACGUAUACCUCGCUCGAGGAUGUCGUUGCGUAAUCAGAGUAAGGAAAAUAUCGUGUCCAAAGAUAUUUUUGGUUUCAAACCAUUCGCAAGCAAAAAAAUAAUAAUAAUGACAUCUCGUGAAGGCAAUAUCACUUGUCAAUACAGCCUUCCACACAAAUUUGGAUCUACACCUAUGAAUCCAGGGGACUAUAAUUUCGCUGUCGACAUUAUCGAGGAUGUACUCGACAAAGUUAAUGAAAUGAUAGUUGACGAAUUUACGGAGAAACACGAUGGUGACACAGAGAAGAAUGGCUUCGAAGUUAUUGCCUUUCCUAGUAAUUUGAACGAUGAGGGUAAUAAGAGUGAUUCUUUUGGGCCUAAUGAGGAACAGGCGCUUGAAACAAAUUUGUCUGUCGAAGAUGGUCUUGAAGACGUAAUCCAAAUAAUAAACGACGAGGAAACGACAUACAGUGAAGGUCUCAUAGGGGACAAGCAUUUAACGGAGGCAAUGUUUCAAGAAAAUGAAUUUGCUUUGGUAACUGUAGAAGAGCCUCCUAUAGUUUUAACAGCUAAGUUUAGCUCUGAGUCCAGGAGUUCCAGGAAAAGUGCCUUAAACGAGGAAUUAAAAGACAACUUAGACGUAACAGAAUGCAGUGAUGUUACUACAGAUACUAACAAAACGCACGAGACCAAAUCUUCGUCGAUCAUAUCAGACUUAAGAACACAAAUAAUGCCAGACGACGGGGAGAUUAAUGUGGAGAGCCUUCUGAACUACUUGCGGAAGAAGAACGCUGCAUACGACGUCUUAUCAGAGGCGGAUAUUGAUUAAUAUGAUUUUUUAAACAUUUCACAUACGUACUAGACACAGACAACUGCGGUAAUUUCGCACGCUUUUUCACAUCUGUUUCCGUUUCUGCUUCCGCGACUUUUAUAUCGGAACUUUAUAACGUUCGCGAUGGAUCAGGCGCGUGCGCGUAAUGCUUGGCAGUGGAACGCGUGGGUCUUAGCAGUUGUGUGUUGUGUCCAAACCAAACAUGAACCCUGUUUGGAAUUACUUCCGUUAUGACACUUCCGUUGCAUCACUAGUUACCUCGUUGAUAUUUCUCUUGAACUUCAGAUACACAAAGCAGGCGGCUUUCGAGCUUUGACGGUUACGGCUCCCAAUGCUUUGAUGUCUGCUAUCGGUCAAUAAGCCAAUAAACCAAAAUAAAAUCCGCGUAUAACUAUAAUAUGCUCACUUCUAAACCCGUGAAUUUAGGAAUAAUCAACCUGGGUUAAACUUUAAUACAUAAAAGUGUAGAUAUCAACUUUGAAUACGUAAUCAUAGGUAACUUGAGUAUUGCUGUCUCGCUCUUAAACGAACUUGUCUCUGUCUUAGGGAGGUGUUUAAUAAACGUAUUAGAGUCUAUAAUUUGGGCGCCUUAUGUUUGGGCUAGGUAUCCCUACCUUCGACCAUAGACGAAAACGUUCAGAAACUUGAUCUCGUGUAGAGUAAACCCUUAAUAAAAUAAAGGAAUAAUAUUUAAUACUUUUUUUAAAGAAAUCCAUUGACUAUUUUAUCACAUUUUCAAAUUUUGAAUGUAUAAUGGUACAAUACUUAUCACCAAAAUAAUGAUCUCCGUUUUUAAAAAAAUAUUGACUACGGAAAUGGCAUGAAAGGUCGGCAAUUGUCCAGAAACAGCUGCCAUUUGUAAAUUGAUCAUGGAUGCUCACUACGUCUAGGGCGAUAUGGAUAAAAAUAAUAUACGGUACGUUGCGUUAUAAUUUUAGCCUCGCAUUUCGGCAUUACAAUUUCUUUCAAGCAGAGAUAACUGAACUACGCACUGAACAGGUUAUAUUAAUCUAAAAGCGCUGUCUAGUAUACUAAAAGUAGUAUUGCAUACACAAUUAACCAAUCAGAGGGCCUAUAUUAGUGUAAGAACGAGACAGAUGUAUUGAUAUCUCGCUUGUAUAAAGAUUGUCGCGCAGAACAAAAUUUGCAGUCGGGCGUAACGUAUGCAGCUACAAUGACACAUCAUACCUAAAAUGCAAUAACCAUUGACAAUGUACGACAAGUAAUUUGAAACCUAAUUGAAUCGUAUUAAAUCACAUCGUGUUUUACAUCUUGUAUGUAUUCUAUUUGAAUGAAACACCGCAUAUUUUGUUCCAAAUCUUAUUUAAUAAAAU